GUUAUACAAAUAGUGGGGUGGAGCCUGCCUUAUAAAUUAGGCACCCCUUAACACACAUUUCUUGUCACAACCUUAAAACCAAAUAUUCCAAAAUGACCGGAACUUUCCUCUACGUCCUCUUCCCACUCCUCAUCGUGUUCUCACACACUUCUCCGGCAGCCGGAGACGAUCCCGCCUUUCUACAAUCCGUAAAACUCAACCCGAUGAAGCCACGAACCGAAAAACUAAGCCACUUCCGGUUCUACUGGCACGAUAAGGUAAGCGGUCCCAACUCAACAGUAGUAAACAUUAUUCAACCACCAACAAACAACAAAACAUCACCCACUGGGUUCGGUAUGGUUAACAUGAUCGAUGACACAUUGACGGAAAAGCCCGAAGCCGGGUCGAAGUUAUUGGGCCGAGCACAAGGGUUUUAUGGUGUGGCAUCACAAGAGGAAGUCGGGUUGUUGAUGGCAAUGAAUUUUGUGUUUUGCACUGGGAAGUAUAACGGGAGUACGUUAACAAUAUUGGGGCGGAAUCCGGUUUUCGAGAAGGUGAGAGAGAUGCCGGUGAUUGGAGGAAGUGGGCUUUUUCGGUUUGCUAGAGGGUAUGUUCAAGCAAGUACACAUAGUUUUGAUCUCAAGACGGGGGACGCGGUUGUUGAGUAUAAUGUUCAUGUUUUGCACUACUAAUUAAACAUGUUGUAUGGUUUUUUUUAGAAGGCUAGUUAGUCAAUCAUUGCACUUUUGUGUUUUGUGGUUUGAAUGUGAUGAGUCUUAAGUUGUGUGUUUUCUUGUUUUGAGUUAUAGUGGGAUGCACUUUCUAAUCAUGGUGUCAUUUGAUGACUCAUAAGGUCUUACUUUGAAGUUGGUACCACUUUGUAGUUUGGAAUUUUGUUUAAUGAAAUCAAAAAUCUUGACUUUAAACU